GAUUGACGACCAACCGAUUAAUCGCUUCGAGCAGCCGCCUGGUGUAAUCGUUUUAAGCGUCGUUCUGUGCAAAUUGCAAAAAGUGUAAGAAAAAGAGAAAAAUAUGCAGACUUUGCGCAAAACCAUUUGAAUGCCAAUUGUGCCAACGUUCAAUAUUCAGACGACAACCCAACGCCAAGGGGCAGGUGCAAAGUGCUCGAGGAUUUAAACAAAUUAUUUUCCGUGUCUCCUGCGUGUGUGUGGGUGCGUGUGCGUGUGUUAAUGUGUGUUGCGGCGCGUGGGUGAGUGUGUGUGAGCGAGCGUGCCAGUGUGCGUGUGUGUGAGUGUAAAAAAAGCCGCACACUGCAAAAAAAAGGAAAAUUUUCCUUUUUGCCCUUUUCUCGCAUUUGGCAACUGAAUAACCGUCGAAAGGGGCGCCCCCCCACACCCGUGGCGAACCGACGAAUCGGUUUUAUAUAUUUUUUUGCCCCAACCGGUUUAGAAUAACCGCUAAAAUUGUGGAAAAACAGGAGAAAACUCCCAAGCGGAAGAAGAAGACUGCAGCCAGUAAAAUGUCUGCAGUUUACUCGCCGCAGCCGCCGCAGCAGCAGCAGCAACAGCAGCCGCCUCCCCCACCACAGCAGCAGCAGCAGCAGCAACCGCCCCCCAAUGCCAUGUCCAUGCAGCAGCAACAGCAGCAGCAACAACAACAGCAGCCACCCGGCGUCGGUGGUGGCGGCGGCGGUGGCAGCGUCCUCGGCUCCCAGGGCGGGCUGCUGCCCAUGGGGAUGCAGCAGCAGCAGCGUAUCACCGGUGUGCCGCCAAUGGGAGUGCCCGGCUCCCCCGGCAGCAUCAUCACCGGUGUGGGUGGUGGACCCGGCGGUGUCGGUGGCUGCGGCAACAUGAUGGGCGUCAACCCACCAUCGACUCCGCGCGGCGGCGGCGGCGGUGGCGUCGGCGGUGGUCCGCCGCAGGUCAACUCAGCGCAGAUCCAGAAGAUGCUCGACGAGAACUGCGGCCUCAUCCAGACGAUCCAGGACUUCCAGAGCAUGGGCAAGGCGCAGGAGUGCAUGUCCUACCACGUGGCCCUGCACAGGAAUCUGGUGUAUCUGGCCCAGCUGGCGGAUCCUGCAAUGAAUAUCUCCCAGAUAUUGCCGCCGCCACACAUACUGCAGACACAGGCGAUGCAGCAGGGCAACCAGCAGACUCCGGGUGUUCCCACCGGUCCUCACGGUAUGCUGGGCGGCCUGCCACCACCCCAACAACAGCAGCAACAACAGCCACAGCAGCCCGGCGGUCCCGGCCAGGGCCAGCCCCAGCAGCCGGGCGGGCCACCGCAAAUGGGUGGCAUGCAGCAGCAUGGCAGCGAGCCCGGCGUCCAGAUGACACCCUAUGGCGCCCAGCAGCAGCAGCAGCAGCCGCCCCAUCCCGGCAUGCCGCCCAAUCCUCAGCAGCAAUCUCAGCAACAGCAGCAGCAGCAGCAACAACAGCAGCAGGCAGCGGCCGCAGCGGCGGCGGCAGCAGCUGCAGCAGCGGCAGCCGCUGGCCAACAGGUGACGCAAGUGAGCCAAGCCGGCCCGCAGGUCCAGCAGCAGCAGCAGCAACAGCAUCCAUCGGCGAUCUACCGCAACGCCCAGGGCGGGGGACAGCCGGGACAGGGACCGGCACAGCAAUCGAUUCUACCCAGUAAGUAUCAACAGCAGCAGCAGCGGCCCAACAAUGGCCCGCUGGCAGGACCCGGCCAGAACCAACAGCCGCCCCAGCAGCAGCAGCAACAGCAGCCACAGCAGGGCUCCCAGCAGCAGCAGCCGCCCAAUCAGCAGCAGCAGCAGCCCCAACAACAGCAGGGACCGCAGCAGGGCGGACCGGGCGGUGUGCCGCCACCACAGACACCGUACCGCGUGAGCUACCAGCAGCAGCAGCAACAGCACGGACACUAUCCCGGGUAUCCGCCGCAAACGCAGCCGCAGUAUCAGCCGCAGGGCGCCUAUCCGUAUGGUCCGCCGACGCAGGGCUAUGGGCCACCGCCGCCGGGUCCACCGAAUGCAGCGCAGGCUGGCUACCAUCAUGGCGGCGCUGGGGCAGGAGCCGGAGGACAUGGCGGCUAUCAGCCAAACACUGGCGGACCCGGACAGCAGGCACCGCCACCGGGCGUCUAUGCACCACCGCCAGGCAGCCAGCAGGGCGUGCCGCCUGGGCAGCAGCCACCGCCGCCGCCAGGACAGAUGUAUGGACCGCCGCCAGGCACCGCUGGCGGGCAGCAGGUGGGUGCGCCGGGUGGACCGCCUGGACCACCGCAAAGCGUCAAUCAGUAUGGUCCGCCGCCGCCGCAGAACUCUACGGGUGGUCCGCCGCCCAUGAGCUAUGCCGGGUAUCCCCCGAAUCCCAAUCAGUACGGGCAGGCAGGAGCAGGUGGAGCACCCCCAGGCGGUGGCUACGGGCCACCACCGCCGCCCAACAGCAGCGGACAGUCGCCGUAUCAGGCCUACCAGCAGCAACAGCAACAACAGCAGCAGCAGCAGGCGGUGGGUGCUGGUGGCGCACCGCCGGGCAGCAGUUAUCCGGGCGGACCGCCAACGAGUGUGGUGUCCGGUGGUCCGCCACCACCACCCGGUGGCUACAGCACAACGGCGCCCAGCCAAACGCCGCCGCCGCAGGGACCCCAGCAGCAGCAGCAACAACAGCCGGGCGGCGGCGGAGCGGGCUCCAAUCCGAACGGGCCCAAUGCCCAGCAGCAGUCGACGCCGCCGCCAUCGGGAGGAGUGGGUGGCAAUCCGCAGCAGCAGCAGCAGCAAGUGCCGGGCGGUGGGGCAGGAGGGGCGGGCUCUCAGCAGCAGCAGCAGCAGUACGCGCCUCCGCCGCCGCAACAGCAGCAGCAGCAGGGAGGGCCGGGUGGAGUGGUCGUCUCUGGUGUGGCACCGCUGCCCACACAGGUGCAACCCACAUACUCGACGCCUGGCGGCGUUACAGGCUACGGGCCGCCGCAACCGCAGCAGCAGCAGCAAGGGCCAGGAGGACCUCCUACCUCCCAGCAGCAACAGCAGCAGCCACCACCGACCGGGGGUCCACCCAAUCCCCAGGCCAGUGCCCAGCAACAGCAGCAACAACAGCAGCAACAGCAGCAGCAGCCGCCACCGAACGGUGCCACGCCGAAUAUGCCGCCGAAUCAAUAUCAACCGGCUCCGGGUGCCCCACAGCCGUACGGAGGUCCGCCGCCACAGGCAUACGGACCACCGCCGCCGGGCAGUGCCUAUCCAGGGCAUGCGUACCAUCAGCCACCGCAGGCGGGCGGUUAUGCCCAAUAUCCGCCCACGCAGGGCUAUCAGAGCUACAGGCCGGCUGGCGCACAAAUGCCGCCACCCGGUGCACCCCAAGGACCGCCACCAACGGGGGCCUACGGCUACUACAGCAAUCAGCCGCCGCAAUGAGGCUGAGCGGUAGCGGUGGCAGAAGGAAAUCCACUCGAAAAAAUGCUCAUGAUGAAAUGGGAUUCAUGAAGGAUAAAAGGCGGGACACAGCGACACCCACGCCCAAAAUGAAGACGAUUCUUUUUGCAUACAAUUUAGAGACUUAAGCGGCUGAUCGGGAGACAGUUAUCUAAAUAGAUAUACAUAUAUAUAUAAAGAUAUAUAUAUAAAUACGAUUUGAUAUAUAAUUGAUUCGUAAGGCAAGUUUCUCCUCCUGUCCCUCCCUUGCUUCUCCCUGGCGAGAGAGUGAGCCUUGCACGGUCUUUUAGUCGUAAGCUCUCCCCUCUAUAUAGUAGUAGUAGAUGUGUUUUCUUAACCAUAGGAAUUAGCUAUUUAAACUAAUUUUUUUGUCGUGUCCGUAGUAGUAGCCACACAGUGUGAAAGAGAGAGAACAGAUGGAAAGAGAUGUCUGUCCAUUCAUUCAUAUUUCAUUUAUAUAUAUUUGUAUUUUAUUUUAUUGUUUUGAUUUGAUUCUAGCAUGGGCCUCGCUCCUGCCCUGCCCUGCCCGUUUCCCUCUUUUUCAUUGUUCUUUGCGCGUACUAUAGGAUAAGCAGCUCUACCCUUACACCCCGUAAAAUUACUAUUUAAAAGCAGAUAUUAUAAAUAAUACAAUUAACUAUAUUUCACAAUAAUAUACAAGAAAUUCAAGAAAAACUAAAGCGAGAGAGAGGGAGAAUGCCUCAUUGAUGCCUCUACACUAAUGGCUGGCACAGUACGGAACAAUUAAUUUAUAUUAUAAAAAACAUUCAACAAGGAAAAGGAAAAGGAGAAGAACAAAACAACUUAAAACUAAAUAGCACACUCUGAAAAUAUAGAAAUUUUUGUAAUUUUUUUCGUUUAACAUUUUUUUUUUUCGAUUUUUUUUUUAUAGUUAAUGAAUAUAGUGGAAUACAGUGGACACUCCAUAGGUGGACUUAAGACUCUUAUAAAGUUUGAUAAUAAUUAAUACGAUGGAUCUGAUACUGGAUGCUUGACUUCUAUUUAAAUAAUUAUUCAAGGAAUGCAUUUUAUUGCCUAAAAACACACACACAAAAAUGAGUUCCAAAAUAUAAUUAGCAUUUAGUAUUAAAAACAAAAUAUUUAUUUAGCUAACGGAAGGGAAACAACUACAAAUAAAACAAACGACAAAGUUAUUGUUAUUUAAGGAAGAAGAGAGAAAACAUAUUUUGGUUUUAAGAGAUUUCGAUUCUAGCUGUAAGAAUGUGCUCCACUGUAGUAGUAAUCCUCUCUCCUCCCGUGAACCCUUGCAAAGUGUACAAUUAGAAGAAACAAAUUCCAUUUAGAGCUCUUGUAAAGAUCUUGUAAUUUUGUGGAACGGCGAGAGUUUCUGUGUGGCGCCAUCUCGCUCUGAAGCAGGUCCCACGACUGUUGCUGCUCUGCUCUAAUCCGCUCGAAAAUCUCAAAUGAUCCCCACAGACCCUGGCCCGAUACCCCCUUCCACCCACAGACAUCGAGAAAAUAUAUAGGAGAUACGAGUAUAUCAAAUAGCAUUUAGAAAUUUCUAUUUUCAAAAUGCAAAAUAAGAAAUACAAAAAAAAACAAAAUAAUAAAAAAAUUU